AAUAAUUAAUAAGACUUUGCUACGAUGACUUGGUGUUAACUGCAAGUAACUGUUAUUUGGAGUUAACCAAUGAAUUUAGACCGUUGAUCACCUUAUGUUCUCUAGGAAAGUUCAACCUACAGACUAACUUGUCAACCUUGACAUCUUUAUCGUCAUAUAGAAACACAACUACGGAAUUUAUUGAUAUAUGCAUUUUCAAUUGAGGUCGAUCCUUACAAGAUACACAAAAUACCACUGCAUACUACUACUGAUGGGAUCAACCGUGUUGGUGAAACAUAUCUCCACUUGCUCUUCCAGAUAAAUGUUUACCUGAAACCUAACCAAACUCUUAUACCACUUGUCGGAACCAGAUAGCUCCACAUUAGUACAAUAUUGUUCUCUUCUGACUUAACCCGCACAAAUUUGCUACUAGGUAUCUUAUCAAAAGGCCUCGUAUUGACAAAUUAAUCUCAAACCACUACGAGAUUUGGAGACUUGCUUUUUAGAGAUGACCGUAAAAGAAGCGCCAGGGAAGGGUUUGUUCGUGCAAUCUGAUGGAGAUCUCCGUCUGAAUGCAUACUGUGAUGCGGACUGGGGAGGUUAUUUGCAGACUAGACAUUUUACUACUGGUUACUUCGUUCGCCUGGGUGAUAGUCCGAUCUUCUGGAGGACCAAGAAACUGCAGGUUGUGGCUCGAUAUUCAGCAGAGACUGAAUAUCGUGAAAUGACAGUUAUAGUUAGUGAAGUUAUAUGGUUACGGUGGUUACUUCGUGAACUCGGCGUGUCCACUCCUAGCGCCACUCCUCUUCCAUGAAAGAACGAAGCACGUGGAAAUGGAUUGUCAUUUCGUUAAUGAGUGUGUGACUCGGGAGAAGUUGCGCCAAAGAAGAUUCACACAACCAAUCAGGUUGCCGACAUAUUCACAAAGGGGUUAGGAGCGGAGCAGUUCGCAGUUCUUAGUGGCAAGCUCGGACUUCACGACAUUCACUCCUUCUCUUUAGGGGGAGUGUUGUAGGACACUGUUGUGUAUCGAGUGCAGUGUUAUACUCGAUAGUGUCCAUGUUAUAGAAGUAUGGCUAGUGUUUGGUAAUUAACCAUAUAACCCUAGGAGAUAGACGUGAAGGGAUAUAUAGGUGUUGUUGUGGCCGAGUUUGGCUGUGUGUGUAAGUGUGUUAGUUGUUUCAAGAAACCUAAUAACAACAGCAUCGAAGGCUCCUUGAGUGAGCCUUUCGUGGAUAAGUCUCAUUCACACCGAACGAGGCUACCGCGUAAUAUGAUUUCGAUAUUACGCAAUCUUUGAUUAAUCACAUAUGUAAUUGGGAACUUAGAUAUUGAAACAUAUUAAUGUGAAGCUGUUAACUAGAAACCUUAUCACAUUGUAUAUGUAAUGUUUGUAACAAAGAAUGUAACGAACAACGAUAGAAAAGGAUAGUCAAUGGUCUAAGUAAACAUACGAGCGAAUAAAAAGAUGCCAACCAUUAAUAGCAAUGAAUUUGUUACCUAAUUCAAAAAUAAAUUAUCAUCAUAAUCAUGUCUUGUAGCCUAUAAAUGCACACACCACAAUUACACUUCCCCUCACAUCCAAACACACAAAUAAAAAAAAAAUCUUGAGAAAAAAAUAAUAACCACUCUACGAAGAAGAAGAAGAAGAAGAAGAAGAAUGUUACAUUUCUCGUUACCAUGACUACCUUUCUAGCCAUCUUGUCCGGCACUACUUUGACAUGGGGUUGGUGGCAACCAGGGGCGGAGCUACGUUCAAUAUAGGGUGGGCCCCGCGCCCCCCUAUGAUCUUAAAUAUAUUUAGUACAAAUUUUAUAAGUUUAACUUGUUCUGUUAGUUCUAUCAUGUAAUAGUAAUGUGACCUUAUGGUAGUCAAGUUGGAUGUUUUAAUGCACACGGGUUCGAUCCACUUAGGCAACAUAUUUUUUGUUUAAUUAUUCCCCCGGUCUCGAAAUCCUAGCUCCGCACUGGCAACGGAUCAGAAACUUGAACGACGAGCACAUCAAGGAGAUUGCUCGAUUUGCCGUGCAGGCUUACAAUGAACAAGUUUCCGACCGUCCCCCACUGGAACUCUUGAAGGUGGAGAGAGGCGAAUUCGAAAAUGUGACCGGCGGCAACGACUACCUGCUCACCGUGACGGCGGUUGUACCCAGAGAAGGCACCAGAGUAAAUCUAUAUAAAACAAUUGUUUACGAAAAAUUUUUUAAUAAAAAAAAUUAUUAUCU